AUGAGUGGGUACAUGAAUGGAUACACGAGUGGGUACAUGAAUGGAUGCACGAGUAGGUACAUGAAUGGAUACACGAGUAGAUACAUGAAUGGAUACACGAGUAGGUAUAUGAAUGGAUACAUGAAUAGGUAUAUGAAUGAAUACAUGAAUAGGUAUAUGACUGAACACAUUAAUGAUAUUAUAACGUAUGCAUAG